AUGGCGCUGAGUAACAGCACCCCGCCGGCGUCUCCCGCGGCUAAGAAAACGGCCACUGAAUUAUUUCAGAAGGAUCCUUCUCAGGAAUAUCUUUGGAGGGUGAAGUCACCGGAAUAUCACAAUAAAAAUAAAAGCAACGCUGCCUUGGAUGAACUAACAAACUACAGUCUGACUGAAUAUCCUGAGGCCAGUCCAGAUUGGGUGAAACGAAAAAUACAAAAUUUUCGUACAGUUUUCUAUAAGGAAUAUAAAAUAACAACUGCAGGACCAACUGGAUCUAGUGCUGGAGAAAGACACCAGACCAAAUUGUGGUAUUAUAAUUUACUACUAUUCACGGUUGAGCAAGUAGCAGUUCGUCCAUCAAGGAAUACUUUGGAGGAAGACCUUUUGGAUGAGUCUGAGGAUAAAGGUGAGAGCCCAAGUCGAGAUAUGUCUACCCCUAGCUUGGAGGGAACCCCGCAGCCACCCCUUUCCCAAACAACUGGCAGUGGCACAGAAAUGAUGACUGAAAGUACCAACCCGUCUCAAUCAACACCUGAAAUACCCAAAGGAAAGCCACAGAAAUCAGAACAUACAGCAUCUGCAGCAUCCAGCUUUCUUUCAACAGCAGAAAAGGUGCUCAAUACACCACCAGAUCACUUAGCCAUGUAUGGCUCAUACUUGAUAGGGACCCUGAGGCUUUGCUCAGAGCCUCAGCAAAUCAAAUUUGAAAAAUUAUGUAAUGAGCUACUAAAUAGGGCCAUAACCCAUGUAACCCAUAAUACAGCAAUAUGUGAGAAUACAGCCCAGUCCACUCACCCCUACCCAUACAAUCAACAACAACCGUCAAGCCCUAUAAGGCCAACUACACCAAAAAACCCACAAGCACAACAACCAAUGCCACCUUCUGCUAAUGUAUACGAGCCCUCUACUUCUAGCCAGGUUUAUACGGCUCUUCUGCAGUGCGAGUCACCUGAUGAAGAUCCCGAAUAUCUAAAUUGUUAACAAUAUCUAUAGUUUUACCUUGUUGUUAAUAAUAAAAGAUUUAUUGUUUUUA